CUAGGUUAGUUCUAUUGUACAAGGUGGAGAGAAAGGAGUGGUUCUGCUAUAUAUAUUUCUUCCACCUCCUCCAUAAUCACCUCCACUACCUCCUCCUCCUCCUCCUCCUCCUCCUUCUGAUAUGUACUUUUUUUAGGUUUGGUUUGAAAAAAAAAUAUUGUGAAGAAUGGCUUACCUGGAUCAACCUUCUAAGCAUUCUCGGUCCCCCUCACCUGCCCGAUCGUCCUCACCUGAGAUGCCUUAUGCACAGGGUCAGCUGAGGAGGAUGCAGGAUGGAGGAUUUUCAGAUACUUCAGAUGACGAACUUAAAGCCUUGUCUGAUUCGUCCGUGGAAGUGUCCCCCUGUGUCUCCCCCGCUCCCCCGAAGAUCAUUGACUACGUGCCCAAGAAGGUUCAGUUCGUCCGGGCUACAACCCAUGCGGAAGAAGCCCCCCUCGAGCACGCCCCCUCCCCCCCUUACCAGUAUGAGGGGGAGGGGGGGGUCAUUCUUCAGGGCCCGGCUAUCGUAGUGACCAACCCUGAAACCACUGAGGCCCUUCUGCGACCCCCUGGUGUAGAGGGCGGGGCCGAGACGGAGGUUGGCACGAUGAAGAUGGCCUCCCAGCGCCCCAAGUCCCCGCGCCCCACCACGCCCCGCAAAGACGAGGCCAACGAGUCCUUCUGGGAUAAGAUAGGAACCCUAGGACGCAAGAAGAAGAUAAAGGAAGUCCAGGAGGUGCAGCAUGAAGGGAAAUACGCGAUUGACUCUCCCGGCUCCCCGAUGUCCGUUGAUGUCCCCCCCGAUGACUACGACCUGGCCGACAACGAUGAGAGGUCCAUGAUUGAGCCGCGAUCCUAUGACGACCCAAAACUGAAGGAACUGAUCUACAUUCUGGUGGAGUGGAUGAAUGACGUCCUGGCCCCCGAGAGGAUCAUUGUGAAGGACAUCGAGGAAGACAUGUACGACGGCAUGGUCUUCCACAAGCUGAUCGAAGCCCUAACGAAGAACACCUUGGACGUGCAGGAGGUGACGCAGAGUGAGGCGGGGCAGCGGCAGAAGCUCGCCAUCGUCCUCGCCGCGGCAAACCACAUCCUCGGCCUGUCCCACAUGGAGCCCAAGAAGUGGUCCGUUGAGUCCAUCCACACCAAGAACAUCGUGGCCAUCCUGCAUCUCCUGGUCGCCCUCGCCAGACACUUCCGCGCGCCCAUCAAGAUGCCCGAGAACUGCAUCAUCAAGGUGGUCAUCGUGCAGAAGCGCGACGGGCAGCUCCACCAUCGUAUCGUGGACGAGGAGUUGACAGGAACCUAUGACGACCUGGGGCUGAGAGGCGAGAGGGAUGCGUUUGACACCCUCUUUGACCACGCCCCGGACAAGCUGCAGGUGGUGAAGAAGUCGCUCAUCACCUUCGUCAACAAGCAACUGAACCUCGUCAACCUGGAGGUGAACGAUCUGGAGAACGACUUCUGCGAUGGCGUGUACCUCUGCAUGCUGAUGGGGCUGCUGGAGGGAUACUUUGUGCCUCUACACCAUUUCUACAUCACGCCCAGGACUUUUGACGAGAAGUUCCACAACGUCUCCCAGUCCUUCGAGCUCAUGAUGGACGCCGGACUCGCCAAGCCCAAAGCCAGGCCGGAAGACAUCGUGAACAGUGACCUCAAAUCCACGCUGCGAGUUCUCUACAACCUCUUCACGCGCUACAAGACCGGCCCCAACACCCCUUAGACAACCCCACAGACCCACCACAAGAAACCCCGAAUCUGGAGACCUAUGUAAGCUAAGAUGAGAGUAGUGUCAGAGUAUUUGGAGUAGUUUGGGUUUAGAAGGUGAAGAAUUGGUACUUUUGGUUGGCUUAGUGAAUUCCAUCUCCUGUGCCCCUUUAAUGUAUCUGUUGUGGGCACUUUAAAAGGUUGUAUUGCAGGGUUUUAAAGGGGUGAAUGGAUUUUUUUUUUUUUUUAUUUUUUUUUUUUUUUCCCCCCCCUGCCUAUAGCGCUGGUAGGCUUUCUUCAAGGGCCUGGUGGUCGCCCCAAGCCCGUCAUGGUAAUUUUUAUAGUGGCGCCAGUUAAUCUUGGUUUGGUGCUCAUAAGGGUGAAGAGUUGGUUGUUGGGGAGUUAUGGAGUGGUGGCUGAGGGUCGACUGUAGUAAAUUUCACCUCCGCUAACAAAGCCAAACAGAAAUUAGUGCCUGAAAUUCUAUACGUCCAAGCAACUCAAGAUGAUUCACUGGCUGUCUUACUCAAGCCAAAAGUAGCUACGGAUGUAAUUAUAAACUCAUUACUAGGAAGGACUAACCUGCCUUUCCUUCACCCAGACUAAUGCUACAAUCACACAGUCACGAUCGCCGGCUCCGGCACCUCCUGGCGCUGGAAAUGUCGCACUGCCUGCGCACGUUACGACCAUCUUAAGUAGAUCCCCUUGAGUGCCGACCAUUGCUGAUGUUGAAACGACGUUGUUAUAACAUUGUUGAGAUGGACAUCCGACGGUCGUGGCUUAUUCCCAACAGGUGACAGAUGUCGGGGACGGCCCUGAUUGUUUUGAAAUUUCCAAAACUGUUGCCGUGUGGCCCAACGGUGGGAGGAGCCAGGACCCCAGGGAGUCAUGAUCCUGACUGUGUGACAACGGCCUCACAAAGCCAAACCAAAACAAGUGCCUAAACUUCCGCACGUCCAUGAAACUCAAAAUUUACACACGUCCUUCUUCAGCAAACCCCGAAACACGUCCGUAACCUGAGUCUCGUUGCACUGAAUUUUGACGGUGUGUGUUAAUCCUGAAGGGCUGGCGCGCUCUGUACACUAGAAGCUUUAAUACAGUGUUCACGGAGGGGGUGUGGGGAGGGAUGUAGCAGGGGGGUCCUCCUCUCCGCUCCGCCCCUCACUCCCUCUCGCUGUAGUCACAAACGCAGUGUCUUAUAAAGUGAUGUUUCUUGUUAUGUAUGUAUGCCAGUAUUAACAUAGAUUUUGUAACCUUGUAUGUAUAGUAGCU